AUGCGUCUCAACACACCCUUGGUCCUGGCCGCGGCCCUCCUACCCUUUGCACAAGCAGGGAUGUACGGUCAGCCAGUAUUGAACCUCGAUGCGAAAUCAUUCAAGCAGGCCAUGUCAACCGAGCAUGCAGCGAUGGUAGCAUUCGUUGCACCAUGGUGUGGACAUUGUAAAGCCCUCGGACCAGAGUACACCUCUGCCGCUCAAUCCCUCUCACCCCUCAUCCCAUUCUACGCUGUUGACUGUGACGAUCAGAAGAACAAAGGUCUAUGUGCGGAAUAUCAGAUCCAGGGCUUCCCAACUAUCAAGGCUUUCCCCAGAGCUGGAAAGGGAGCUGCAAGGGAUUAUCAAGGUGAAAGAAAGAAAGGUGCUUUGAUAGAAUAUGCAAAAUCCUUGGUACCGGACAGAGUGAAGAAAUUGAAAAUGGAUAGUAAAGGUGGGAAUGAAGAUAGGAUUAUACAAACUUUCUUGGAAGAGAAACCCACUUUACCACAUGUAUUACUUAUACAUCCUUCCGCACCUUCAAUACCGUUCUUGUGGAAAGUUCUAGCUCACAGAUUAUCAGGCAAAAUGCACCUCGGUUUUGUCCGUGAUACCACUUCCCAUUCUUUGAUCUCGUCACUCGGUAUAUACGACUCGGCAGAUACUACGAAAGACGCCACUAGAGUCGUAUCAUGGCCUGCUGAGGCCACGUCCAAGGAGGGCUUGACAGAGUACGAAGGAGCAAUGAAAUUCAACGCAUUACUCGAAUGGUUACAGUUCCAACUUACCGGUGAGACUUCCACGACGAACGAUUCGGAGAAAGUCCAGCGGAAACCAGUCAAGAUACCUGAACCUAUCACCUCUGCGUACGACUCUGAACCUGAACCUGCGGAAGAACGUUCAGUGAAGAGCGAAGCUGCUGCCAGGAGGGCGAAAUUGGACGAAGCUGAACGAAGAGAUAGAGAGAGAAGGGAAAGGGCAGCUGCGAAGAAAGCUGCCGAACAAGCAUCAGAACACGGAAGUGGGACUGUUGAUGAUGCUCCAGAUGCUAUUCCCCAAGAGGCAGUGGAUGCUCAGCAGGUGACUGGAGCAGAAGCGUUCAAAGAGGAAGCUGCUGAACCUGUUCCGGAGCAGACGGCAGAAUUGCAAGAUGAGGAAACGGUAGAGAAGACUGCUAUACCUCAUGAGGAGCUGUAG